CUACAACUAUACAGACUUCACUUGCUCUAUUAUUGUUAUUGUAUGGUGGGAAACAAAUUAUGGCCACCACUCCGAGGAUAAGAAUCGGAAUCGGAGCCAUUCCAACUCACAGGCUCAGUAUGACCACCGCAGCCGCAGCCACAGCCACUGCCACACUCUCUCUCCCUCCUCCUCACUCCCUAUUCUUUCUCAGGAACGCCGCCGUUUCUUCUAAUUACAGACGCUCUCUGUCUCUCCGAGUCAAAGCUUCCUCCGCUGACUCGCCCCCUUCUCCUGGGAAAGGCGUGGAGAAUGUGGUAAUUAUAGGGUCAGGGCCUGCUGGAUACACAGCAGCAAUAUAUGCAGCAAGAGCCAAUUUGAAGCCAGUAGUAUUUGAGGGUUAUCAAAUGGGAGGUGUCCCUGGUGGACAGCUGAUGACUACCACUGAAGUUGAGAACUUUCCAGGGUUUCCUGACGGAAUUACUGGUCCUGAUUUAAUGGAUAGGAUGCGUCGCCAAGCUGAACGCUGGGGAGCUGAACUGUUCCAGGAAGAUGUUGAAGCCGUUAAUCUCAAAGUCGCUCCUUUCAUUGUCAAAAGUAGUGAACGUAAGGUUAAGUGCCAUAGUGUAAUAUAUGCCACAGGAGCUACUGCAAAAAGGCUCAGGUUACCUCGAGAAGAUGAAUUUUGGAGUAGGGGAAUUAGUGCUUGUGCAAUUUGUGAUGGAGCAUCACCACUGUUCAAAGGGCAGGUUCUCGCUGUUGUUGGAGGUGGUGAUACAGCUACCGAGGAAGCAAUUUACUUAACUAAAUACGCCCGUCAUGUUCAUUUGCUUGUACGCAAGGACCAACUUAGGGCAUCUAAAGCAAUGCAAGAUAGAGUGUUCAACAAUCCAAACAUCACCGUGCACUUCAAUACAGAGACUGUGGAUGUCGUCAGCAAUACUAAAGGGCAGAUGUCUGGUAUUCUGACUAGAAAACUUGAUACCGGGGAGGAAUCUGUGCUCGAGGCAAAAGGCUUGUUCUAUGGUAUUGGCCAUUUGCCUAAUAGCCAGCUUUUGGAAGGCCAAGUUGAACUUGACAGUGCUGGGUAUGUGUUAGUUCAAGAAGGUACUGCAAAAACCUCUGUGGAAGGUGUAUUUGCAGCUGGAGAUGUGCAGGACCACGAAUGGAGACAAGCCGUAACUGCUGCUGGAUCUGGAUGUGUUGCUGCUUUAUCAGUUGAGAGAUACCUUGUUAGCAAUAAUCUACUUGUAGAGUUUCAUCAGCCUCCUAGUGAAGAGGUUAAGAAGGAACUCACUGACAGAGAUGUUCAAGAGGGCUUUGACAUUACAUUGACAAAGCAUAGGGGCCAGUAUGCUCUACGAAAGUUGUACCAUGAAAGUCCAAGGCUCAUAUGUGUACUAUAUACAUCUCCAACUUGUGGUCCAUGUAGGACUUUGAAACCUAUUCUUAGCAAGGUGAUUGAUGAAUAUGAUCAGAAUGUGCAUUUUGUUGAAAUUGACAUCGAGGAAGAUCCAGAAAUAGCAGAAGCAGCUGGAAUUAUGGGUACACCAUGUGUGCAGUUCUUCAAGAACAAGGAGAUGCUCAGGACUGUAUCGGGAGUAAAAAUGAAGAAAGAGUACAGAGAAUUCAUUGAUGCAAAUAAAUGAGAGUUUUGAAACACUUGUACGGCCAAUGUACCAUCAUUUUGUCAUUCAAUUUUGUUCCUAGCAAACUGUUUAGUCAAAUAAUGCAUUAUAAUUCGUACAAUGGUACCUUGUAUUGUUCCAUUACAUUGUAGAUUAUACAUGCAUACUCCCAAAGUAAAUUUUACUGGUCUUUUAAUCUCCAA